AUGACUGAUUGGGGCCCAGGUCAGAAUCAUAUAGUCCUACAAAAUGAGAAUAAACAAUUUUAUAGGCCAGAAGUUUUUGGAGAAUCUUUAACUUAUGAUAAGAUUGUACCAUUAUUUAUAAAUGAUAUAAAACAUUCAGUAAAUUUAUUUAGAAUAUAUAAACAUGUAUAUUUUCAACUAAGUGAUAUAAUUAUGAUCAAUAAUUGGCCAAUUAGUAAAGUUGAAAUAUUUGGAAGAAUAGUUGGAGAAAUUUAUCAACCUGAAAAAGGGUUUGCAAAAUUAAAUAUUGAUGAUUGUUCAGGUAAAAAACUGAUAUUUGUUUUAAAUAUUCCUUAUAAUUGUAUAAUUGAAAGCAAUAUCAAAACAUUGCAAGAAAAUUAUGGUAAAUUAGUUAUAAUCAAUGGGUUUUUUCAUAAUAAUAAAUUAAUAGUGGAGAAUCUACGGCUUGAAUCUGAUGAUACUCAAUUGGAAUUUAAAUUAUGGAGUGAAAGAGUUGAAUUUAGAGAAUCAGUUUUGAAAGUACCAUGGAUUUUCAAACCUGGAGAAAAGAUUAAUGAACAAAAGGAGAUUGUUUAUGGAUUUAGUCAAAGGGAGUUAGCUCGCAAAGAAGAAAGGAAAAGAUUAAGUUUAACACUGGAUGAUAUAACAAUGACAAGUGGGAUUGAAGAUUCUUUGGUGGUGCUUGAAAAUAAGAUGGUAAUAGAUUUGACUGACGAACCAGAGGUGAUUGAAAUUAUUGAUGAAGAUGUUCAUCAGAAUAAGAUCAGAUUUGUUAAUAUGAUUAAAGAGUGUUUAAUAACAGUGAUUGAAAGUUCUUUUGAAGAAAUCGCGUUAGCAGAUUUAAUCAAAAGUGACCCCAUCAGUUCCAUAAUAAACCAAUUUGAAGGAGUAGAUCUGAUAGCUAAUAGAAUUGGAUUAUAUUUCGAAAAGUCGGAUUUAUUCACUUUCGAAAAUGGAGUAAUAGGUAGUUCCAAGUUUGAUCAAAUGUAUCAUAAUAUUUUAAAACAUUUGAAUGAGAAAUCUCUGUUCAAUGUUAAUAAAUAUGUCAUUCACGUCCAGGAGAAGUUAUCAAUGCAAAAUAUAGAUCCAAAAUUGAUAAACUUUAUAAUCAAUUAUCUUUUAGUAAAUAGGAAAGUACAUAAGAAAUGGUCUUAUCUGAAUAAUAAAUGGAUUAGUACAUAG